AUGAACAGCACAGCCGCCUACAACACAUCGAUACAGUCACGAACACAACUGGUGGGCUGGACAACAGAGCCCUCUGGUCGGGGCACACUCAGCUUAAUCACCAGCUGCCUGACGACCAUUUUCUUGUGCACUUGGGUUGUGAUCCAUCCGCGUGUAUAUAAAAACCAAGUAUAUGCGACGCUACACAAAUUUGCCCUUUUCCUAAAGGCCAUCAUUGCGCCCGAAUUUAUUGCGGUUGAGGGCUUGCAAGAAUGGGCACAAUGCCGACGGAUGCAAAUUGAGUGUGCCCGAUUCACCAACGGUGAAUUCCAGGCUAUCCACGCAUUCUACAUCAGCAUGCUCGCUCUGCGAUACCGCACGUCGAAAGGAGACCGUGUCAUUUGGCCCAAUCAAUACACGUGGCUGUUGGAACAGAACCUAGUCGACUGGGAGGACCAUGCCAGUUGGGGUCUCUUGGAGGACGAUAUACGCGACAAAAGCAAGGCAGACAGUUUCGCCAAGUUGGCAGCUAUGGUGCAGGUCACCUGGUUUGUCACUCAAUGCAUCACCAGAGGCAUACACAAUCUCCCCCUUUCUCAGUUAGAAGCUAUGACUCUAGGAUAUAUCCCGCUGUUUAUCGUCACAUACUUCUUCUGGUGGGAUAAGCCGAAAGAUAUCCGUUCCCCGUCUAUUGUCAAGUUACCUGAAAUGAGUACUGAACAAAGGGAAACGUUUGAAAGCAUGGCGGUUAGCGACAAAUUUGACAACGAGGGCCUGAAGGUACAAAUGACAUAUUGGAACACGUGGUAUUUGACACCACGAGUAUUCGAGAAAGAGGAAGAAGACAGACGGAAGCAAUACGCCCAGGAGCUAGCUAGCCGUACCGCCAGGGACACCGACUUGCACGACGAUGAAGCACCAAGUACCCGCAGGAUGCUCUUGAACUCGAAGGAAGAGGAGAUACACAUGAAGAACGAGGUUGUAGUGGCACACUGGGACCCACAGCUGUACCGAUCGAGGAUAUGGCCGCUCACCUGCCUGUUCGGAAUUUCUUUCGGGGCCCUUCACUUAGCCUGCUGGGAUACCGUAUUUCCAACAGUGACCGAGGACUGGCUGUGGCGAGCAUCUGCCUUGGUGUCCAUGUUAUCAAUGCUGGUGUUUAUGCAUUUUGAAAAGGUAGUCGUUCGGUGGGGUGGCCCGUUGACCAUGAUCAGCCUUGCGUCCCCGGUCCUCUACAUUGCUAGUCGCAUUGUGAUGAUGGGUGAGGUUUUCGCCGCGCUAAGAGCAGAGCAACCAGCUAUGUAUAAGACCUACGACCUCUCCGAUAGUUGGGUGCAUUUCUUUGAAUCAUGA